AUGUUGCUUGGUGGGUUCCAGGCGACUCCGUUCAUAUUUCCUCCCUCCUUAUCUGCGAAUAGCUUCCAGGUGUUUUCCUCGUGGGUGAUGUUAAUAGUCGUCAUGGCGGCGACCACGGCGUGUGACUCUUUGCAGAUCCCGGGGUCUUCAUGUCUGUCCGAGGCGGUGACGGUCUCUAUCUAUCAAGGCUUACAGUUUGCUGAUCACUGUGUCAAAUUUGGGCGCAUGGGUGAGUUGGAGGAAACAGAAUGA